CAUAGAGGUACAUAUAAUGCAUCUUUAACAAUAUGCAUGUGCAGGGCAAAAUUGUUUCAACAUAUACAUAUAGCAGAAAACCAUCAGGGAGAUCAUAUGGAGGGCAUCAAUAAGAAGAACAAGAAGAUCGGAAUCAUUGGGGCGGGCAUAAGCGGCCUACUGGCCUGCAAGUACGCCCUCUCGAAGGGCUACACCCCCCUCGUGUUCGAGUCCCAGAGCACUAUCGGGGGCGUGUGGACCACGCCGCUGGAGACCACACUUCUCCAGACGCCCCGAGAGCUGUUCCAGUUUUCGGAUUUCCCGUGGCCUGCAGAGGUCACUGAGGAUUUCCCGAUCCACUACCAGGUCAUGGGCUACAUCCGAUCCUACGCGGACCGGUUCAGGCUCAUCGAGCACGUGCGGUUCAACUCCAAGGUUGUGCAAAUCGAAUAUAGAGCUGCUGCCGGAGGAGAAGAGGAGAUGGAAGGAUGGCACUAUUGGGGUGGGAGUGGCGAGGCUUUUGGCCCUUCAGGCAAUUGGGAGCUCACUGUGGAGGACACUGUUAGUCACACGACCGAGGUGCACGAAGUGGACUUUGUGAUCCUUGCAAUUGGGAGAUUUAGCGACGUGCCGAACUUCCCGGAAUUCCCACCGGGAAAGGGGCCAGAGGCUUUCCGUGGAGAGGUUGUUCAUUCUAUGGACUAUGCCGCCAUGGAUUUCGGAAGCGCUGCUGCUUUUGUCAAGGGCCGCCGGGUCGCCAUCGUCGGAUUCCAGAAGUCAGCACUUGAUAUAGCUGCGGAGUGCUCAGCUGCCAACGGUGCGGCGCUCCCAUGCACGGUUGUGUACAGAACAGAGCAUUGGAACGUACCGGCCUACAUGCCGUGGGGAGUGCCCUUAGCUCUCCUUUAUCUCAAUCGCUUCUCCGAGUUUCUUCUCCACAAACCGGGGGAAGGGCCCCUCCAAAGUCUGUUGUCGACAGCUCUGUACCCUGUGAGAUUGGGUAUCUCCAAGUUCGUGGAGAGUUACAUCAGAUGGAAGCAUCCCCUGGCGAAGUUUGGGAUGGUGCCGAAGCACAACUUCCUCCAGCAGAUAAGCUCGUGUCUAAUCUCGACUGUGCCCAAGAAGUUUUACGACAGGGUGGAGGAAGGGAGCAUCAAGCUACAGAAGUCUCAGAACAUAGCAUUCUGCAGCGAAGGCAUUCUUCUCGAUGGCGAGAGCUCACCCCUUGAGAUGGAUCUCGUGAUAUUUGCUACCGGAUUCAGAGGCGACGUGAAGCUCCGGAAGAUUUUUAAGUCACCGAGGUUUGCCAAGUGCAUCGCUGGGCAGGAUGAUGCUUCAGUUCCUCUCUACAGGCAGUGCAUUCACCCAAGGAUCCCCCAACUGGCAGUACUCGGGUUCUCCGAGAGCGUCUCGAACCUGUACACCUCCGAAAUACGGUGCCGGUGGCUGUUCGAGCUGCUUGAUGGCACAUUCAAGCUCCCGAGCAUCAAGGAGAUGGAGAAGGACAUCGAGGAUUGGGACAGUUUCAUGAAGAGGUACUCUGGCAAGUACUACCGCAGGUCAUGCAUCGGUGCCCUUCACAUAUGGUACAAUGACCAGCUCUGCAAGGACAUGGGAUGGAACCCCAGAAGGAAGAAGGGGUUCUUCGCCGAGCUGUUUGAGCCCUAUGGUCCCUUGGACUACGCGUCCCCCUAACUUCGUUGAGAAAAUGAAUUCCCGGAUUAAUGAUCGGCAAGCGGAGGAACCAUUGGACCAGAUGCAACGGAAGUUAAUUCCCAUAGUCACAUUUUUAACUUCUCUUGGUCGCAUCUUUCCUUUGUUCUGAAUCAAGAUAGAAGUUGGACAUUUGGACCGCAAACAAUAUCAUAACCAUGAUCUGUACAAAUGCAUGUAGUUGAGAUCUCUUAGUAUGUUGAUCCAGAAAAAUUAUGAAUUCGAGCAAAAUGCCAUCAAUGUCACUAGCCUUCUUACAGUUA